UGUCCAGGGAGCAUCGAUCAUUUGGUGACAGUGACAAGAAAGACUUUAUUAAGACACGUAGCUGUGGGACAAAUUGUUUCGAAGGUUCAUUGGUACGUCUACCAUGGGAGAAGGACGUUCGCCGAUCUAUUGAAAGUUUGGGCGUCAAUCUUUCAAAAGCGUUGUCCAAGUGUCUCUAUAUGCUGGUGACCAACGUCCCCCGCUGUACUCGCGUUCCAGGACUUUAAAUUAAUUAUUAAGAGUUGACUGUGACCGUGCACGGAAUCUAUCAUCUUCAUGACAGACAUUAGCAGCAUAGGUAUGGUUUCUUAUUAUAAUCCUCUCGCGAUGUACCGGCAGCAACAGCAGUCAGCCGGUCAGCAAUCGCUGGUACAGCAAGUCCAGCAACACAGUCAGGCGCAACAGGCUCAACAACAUGCGGCCACAACGCCUCUCGACGGUGGCCAACAAUAUUGGUACGGGUAUCCUCACGGACAUCCGCACGCGGCUCAUCAUCAUCAACCUGCUGGUCCGCAACAGUAUUUGGAUCAUGCGGAAGUUUUGCCCGGUUGGCCUCAUCCUCACGCCCAUCAUUACUCGCAUCUUCAGUAUCAACAUCAGGCCUAUCAACAUCAGCAACAGCCACAACCACCCCCGAUAACCGGAGUGACAGAUUGGAGCAGCGACGAUGGGAAUACUGCAGUGGGAACCGGUGAACCUAGUCCCAUCACAGUCAGCGGAAGCGAGAUCAGCAAUCCUGGAACCCCGUCCACUCCACCUGCUAAUAACAACAAUACUAUCACAACGAAUAACAACAACACAACACCCAUGAGACCGACACAAAUGAGGAGCCCUUACGAGUGGAUGAAAAAAACGUCGUACCAGAGUCAACCGAAUCCAGGAAAGACUCGAACAAAAGACAAAUACAGAGUGGUCUACACAGAUCAUCAGAGGUUGGAGCUUGAAAAAGAGUUUCAUUACAGCCGUUACAUCACAAUCCGUCGUAAAGCCGAACUUGCAAACACUCUUGCGCUCUCUGAACGGCAGGUAAAAAUCUGGUUCCAAAACCGACGGGCGAAAGAUAGGAAGCAGGUGAAGAAACGCGAGGAGCUGGAACAGAAGGAUUCGAAAUCGAUGGACGGUGUGCCGAGCGGCGCGAUGGCUGCUCUGACGCUCGGAGGAAUGGGAGGAAUGCUGGGUGGUUUGAUGCACAAUGGCAGCUCGCCACCUCUAACUCUCGGUCAUCCGGCGCAUACACUGACUUUAGGUCAUGCGCCCACUUCUUUGCACCCGCACGCCCAUCAGCACGCACAUCCGCACACGGUAUUAGGCUUGUGACCUGACGAACCAGUCACAGAAGCGUGGUCCAGUCACGGCUAACUUCGCAUUACCUCUCUGUCUCUCUUUGAAUCUGCGAACGUUAGAGGAGCAGAGGCCACGCUGAUCGUCGCUCGAUCAAUCGUCGUGACGCGUGAUUUCGUUCCCUAUCCGUCACCAAGAGCGGAAAGGUGAACCGAAAGCGACGCGGAUAUUCCCAGAAUCUGACGAUGUCCGAUCCAUCCGUGAUACAUUGAAACUGUUCGCGUUUAUUCGGGGAAUGGGUGAAAGAUUAAUGGAUAAACUGUGAUCGUAGUUUGCAAGUUCAUCUUCGUUUUCCUGGGUCGUUCGAUGGAGGCCGACGCGGAUAACGACGGCCUUCGUUAUCAGAUCGCGAAGACUGGAAUCUGUAUUCGUCCGUCCAACGAUCGUUGGAGAUUUAAAUUUCAUUAUUCGGACAUUAGGCCCUUUUGUUGGCAGCUUUUUCGUUAUCCUCGUCCGUGCAUCGGUCGCGCGAGGAAUAUGGCGGCGCGACGGUUUUCGAAGUCCGCGUGCCGACG